AUGUCAAGCAAUUUAAAUCCAACAUACUUCGAAGAUAAUGAAUACAUUAAAAUGUUUCGAAGUUAUCAUGUAUAUGAAUUGGAAAAUUCGGCAAUCGAAAGCGAAGGAGAAGUUAAUAUUUCAGAUUUCGGUAUAGUUACAAAAGGUUAUUUUCGACAGUCGGUCGUGAUGAAGCACAUUCCGCCUGAGUUUAUUAAUAAUGACAAUGCAAAGUUAGAAAAUAUUAUCCACAAAAUGAAUAAUAUAAGUCAUCCGAAUAUUCUACAGUUUCUUGGGGCUACUUAUGACCCGGAAACGAAACGUCACAUGAUAGUACUAGAAUAUGCCGAAAAUGGCACCCUACAAGAUUAUAUUUCAAAAAAUUUCAAUAACCUUAAACCGGCUACAAAAUUGAAAAUUGCAAAUGACAUAGCGCGAGGUUUAAAACAUAUGCAUGAUCAAGGAAUAAUUCAUCGAAAUCUGAAUACAAAAACGAUCUUUAUGGGUAAUGAAAAAGCUCAAAUAUCAAAUCCAAUAUUUCUAGAAUUAAACAUUGAUGCAUCUUCAGCAAUACCGUUGCAAGGAGGAAUGAUAGCAUUUUUUGAUCCAGAAAUCUUAAAAAAUCAUAAUUUGCCUUUUACAUCAGCUUCAGAUGUUUACAGUCUAGGUGUUAUAAUGUGGUCUAUAUGUAGUGGAAAAUUACCAUUUGAAUGCUUUACUAGCCAAAAGGAUUUAAUUGAACAAAUCGUAUCUAAAAACAUUCGUGAAGAACCAGUCGAAAACAUUCAGCCUGCAUAUCUUGACUUAUAUCAAAGGUGUUGGGAUUUGGAUUCAGAAAAACGACCAGCUAUGCAAGAUGUGUGUAAUCAGCUAAAGGUUAUGUUACAAGAAGAACUACGAAACAGAGAUGGUCAAAUAGAUACUCCCGAAAUCUCUCAACUUGAAAAUAAUCCAAAUGAAGUUCCGGAGGCAGAUGAAAGUAAGGCCGGCGAAAGUAACCAGCAAAAGUUUAAGAGAUAG